GCCUAAAACGACAUGGCAGCAAAAACUAUGCCUUUAUAAGUUUCAUCGGUCACACAUUUCUUCGUGCACUAAAGAAAAAUAACACCAAAAAGAUUUGCUCUUGUGGGAGAAAGAAAAAAAGAUGGGCAGGAGGAGGAUGGAGAUAGCACCGUGGAUUCAGCUCCUAGCUCUGGUGACCUGCCUGCAGCUUUUUCCGGCACCGGUGGAGUGCAUGGUUAGACACUACAAGUUCAAUGUGGUGAUGAAAAAUACAAGUAGAUUAUGUUCAUGUAAGCCAAUUGUUACUGUGAAUGGGAAGUUCCCUGGACCCACUUUAGUUGCUAGAGAGGAUGACACUGUGCUUGUGAAGGUUGUCAACCAUGUCAAAUACAAUGUUAGCAUCCAUUGGCAUGGGAUUAGGCAGCUGAGGACUGGUUGGGCAGAUGGUCCAGCAUACAUAACCCAGUGUCCAAUCCAGCCAGGGCAGAGCUUUGUGUACAAUUUCACCAUUACUGGCCAAAGGGGCACCCUAUGGUGGCAUGCACAUAUCCUCUGGCUGAGGGCCACUGUCCAUGGUGCUAUCGUUAUCUUGCCCAAGCGUGGAGUUCCUUAUCCAUUUCCCACACCCCAUAAGGAAGAGGUCAUUAUACUAGGUGAAUGGUGGAAAUCAGAUGUUGAAGCUGUGAUCAAUGAAGCUAUGAAGUCUGGGUUGGCACCAAAUGUCUCAGAUGCUCACAUCAUCAAUGGCCAUCCAGGGCCUGUCCCAGCCUGCCCUUCACAAGGAGGAUUUAACUUACCAGUACAUUCUGGCAAGACCUACAUGCUUCGGAUCAUCAACGCUGCACUUAAUGAAGAGCUCUUCUUCAAGAUUGCUGGCCACCAACUCACAGUUGUUGAGGUUGAUGCCGCCUACGUUAAACCUUUCAAAACUGAUACAAUCCUCAUAGCCCCAGGCCAAACCACAAACGUUCUUCUAACCGCAGACCGCAGCCCCGGCAAGUACCUGGUUGCAGCCUCCCCCUUCAUGGACGCCCCCAUUGCUGUAGACAACGUAACCGCCAGUGCCACCUUACAUUAUUCAGGUACCCUUGCUAGUGCUGCCACCACCCUCACCACCCCACCACCCCAAAACGCCACCCCAGUAGCAACAAACUUCAGUAAUGCUCUGCGUAGCCUGAACUCGAAAAAGUACCCUGCCAGAGUCCCAUUGAAGAUCGAUCAUUCCCUUUUCUUCACUGUUGGGCUUGGAGUGAAUCCUUGCUCUACUUGCGUAAAUGGUAGCCGAGUUGUGGCGGAUAUCAAUAACGUAACCUUCGUUAUGCCAAAGAUUUCACUGCUUCAAGCCCAUUUCUUCAACAUUAGUGGAGUUUUCACUGACGAUUUCCCUGGCAACCCACCGAUUCCAUACAACUAUACAGGGACACAACCAACCAACUUUCAGACCAUGAAAGGGACAAAGGUUUAUAGACUUGCGUAUAACUCCACGGUGCAGCUAGUUUUACAAGAUACUGGGAUGAUUGCCCCAGAAAACCACCCAAUCCAUUUGCAUGGCUUCAAUUUCUUUCAAGUUGGGAGUGGAACAGGUAACUUCAAUCCAAAGAAAGAUCCAAAGAACUUCAAUCUUGUUGAUCCUGUGGAGAGGAACACUAUUGGGGUCCCUUCUGGUGGAUGGACCGCUAUAAGAUUCACAGCCGAUAAUCCAGGGGUGUGGUUUAUGCAUUGCCAUUUGGAAGUUCACACAACAUGGGGAUUGAAGAUGGCGUUCGUUGUAGAUAAUGGAAAAGGUCCCAACGAAUCUCUUCUACCUCCUCCUCAUGACCUACCCAAGUGUUAGAGAAUUCCAGUGAUGCACACAAAUUUUCAUUUAAUUCAAGGAACUAGCAGUGUGGGAUAAUUAUCCAAAAGAGAACAAUUAAAAGGUGUGAAAAGUUACAGAGCUGUUUUAAUGCUCAUUGGUAAGAGCAUACAAUUCUUUCGAUCGAGGAAGCUGAAAAAUGAAGUUGCAUGCCCCGGGGUAAAAGUCAAAUAAAACCCGGAAAUUUAUUUUUUAUUUUUUAUUUUUUAUUUUGUACUACACUUUGCUCUCCAAAGGUUAUGUAUAUUUCAGGAAUUCAUUUAAUUAUAUAUUUUGCUGAUUUAAAAA